UGCUCAUGCUUUGUAUGUCGUCUGCUGCGUCAGAAAAUCCCAAUUGCCGUUUGUCAGAAAUUGUCAAAAAAACAGUUUUUUCUCACUUAAAUUUAGUCAAUAUUACAAUUCUUCGAGAUGAAUAUACGAUGUGCUAGGCCGGAAGACUUGAUGAACAUGCAGCAUUGUAAUCUCCUUUGCUUACCAGAAAAUUAUCAAAUGAAAUACUUUUUCUAUCAUGGUCUCUCCUGGCCUCAACUAAGCUACGUUGCUGAAAAUGAAAAGGGACAUAUUGUUGGGUAUGAUCAAUUCCUUUCUAUUGCUAAACUGCACUUACAUUGUCAUCUUUUUAAUAGGUAUGUCUUGGCUAAAAUGGAAGAAGAUAGUGAGGAUGAACCUCAUGGCCACAUCACAUCACUUGCUGUGAAACGAUCCCACAGACGGCUAGGGUUAGCCCAAAAGCUUAUGGACCAGGCAUCCAGGUCGAUGAUUGAGUGUUUCAAUGCAAAGUAUGUCUCUCUUCAUGUCAGAAAGAGCAACAGAGCAGCACUCAAUCUCUAUACCAAUACCCUGAAGUUUUCGAUUUCUGAAAUCGAGCCAAAGUACUACGCCGACGGAGAAGACGCUUAUGCCAUGAAGCGUGAUUUGGUAUCGUUUUCCCAGCAACACGAUACACUUCCGGCCGACCCAUCAACAUUCUACGAGACGAAAACGCCCGAAGAACGCAAACGUCUUGCCGCCAUUGCCCAGGAGAACAGGAACAUGGAAGAAUGAUUUGCGCGGUGACGAAAGAUUCUGAAAAUUCAGUUGACGGUUGAGUUGUUAAGAAAACAUAAAAAUGGAGCGUGAAUACAAAUCACGCAGCAUCCCUUGCAAAAA